UACAGAUCGUAUUAUUAUUUGUCGAUAUUUAUUCUGUUAUAUUUUCUAAAUGGGGUCACGGCAAAUAGUAGAAAAAUCAUUGACAUUACUAAGAUCCUUGCCGCGAAUUUCGCUAAAUAAUAUUCGUGAUAACCCUGGCUCAAAAAAGACCCAAAAGAGAGGACGUGGGCAACAUGGAGGUGACAAACAUGGUAGUGGCAAUAAAGGAUCUGGCCAGAGGCAAAAUUUUAUGAGAUUGGGCUAUGAAACUGGAAAUAACCCAUUCUACCUAAGAGUACCACAAGAGCAUUAUUACAGAGGCCAUCAUCAUAGAAGACAAUAUCCACCUUUAUCACUAUUAACGUUACAACGCAUAAUAGACACAAAUCGUGUAGAUGUCACAGUUCCUAUUGAUAUCGCAAGUAUUGUGAAAACUGGCUUUUACUCCUUUUUUCCUGACCAAAAACACUUUGGUAUCAAUUUAAUUGAUGAAGGGGUGGAUAUUUUUGAAGCAAAAAUUAAUAUAGAGGUGCAGUGGGCUAGUGAACAAGUCAUUGCAGCAAUAGAAAGAAAUGGUGGCGUUAUUACAACAGCAUAUUAUGAUCCUCAUAGCCUAUUUUUACUUAGAAAUCCAAAAAAGUUUUUUGAAACUGGUCAAGCUAUUCCACGUAGAAUGAUUCCUCCACCAGAUGCAAUAGAGUAUUACACAAGUGCAGAAAACCGUGGCUAUCUUGCCGAUCCUGAUCAAAUAUCAGAAGCCAGAUUAAAAUUAGCUCAAAAAUAUGGAUAUAAACUACCUGUCAUUGAAAAUGACCCCAAAUACAAUAUGCUUUGUGAAAGAAAAGAUCCAAGACAAAUUUUCUAUGGACUAGAACCUGGGUGGGUUGUAAACCUAAAAGAUGAGUGUAUACUAAAACCGAAAGAUGAAGAAUUGAAAAGAUUUUAUUCUUUAUAGAUAUAAUUAAGGUAGGACAAAUAAAUGUGUAGUCUUUAAUAAUG